UUUGAACAGUAUAAAAGCUUUUGCACGACGCUACCAACGAAUCAAACAGUCUUUCGCGUUCUUAAGCUACGAUCCGUUUUGUGCGCACGUUGCCAUCGAAUUCGCUCGUAGAGAAAUCGCAUAUAAACCAAUUUAAAUCAGCAAACAUGUUCAAAUACGUUGUCGUUGUUGCCUUGGCUUUGGUCGGUAGCGCCGUAGCUGCACCAGGAUAUCUGAGUGGCGCGCAUGGUGGCGCUCUUUUGGGUGAUCUCCACUCUGGUCCGGGCUUAUCGUUGGCGCAUGCUGCUCCAGCCAUCUCCUAUGGCCAUGCUGCUCUUGCUGCUCCAUCGAUUUCCUAUGCCGCUCCGGCCAUCACCAAGAUCGCCGCAGCUCCGGCUAUCUCAUAUGCUGCUCCAGCCAUCACUAAGAUUGCUGCUGCACCCGCUAUAUCAUAUGCCGCUCCAUCCAUCUCGUACGCCGCUCCAGCAAUCACAAAAAUAUCUGCUGCGCCCUUAAUCUCGCAUGCAUCGAUCGCCGCUCCAUCCUUGGGCUACGGUUUAGGUCAUGGUUACGGUUUGGGUCAUGGUAUUGGUUUGGGUCAUGGUAUCGGUUUGGGUCAUGGCUGGUAAAUAUGCACUCUUAACGAAUUAAUGGAAGGCGUAAGGAAAUAGAUUUCCUGGGUUACUGCAAAGGGUCGUUUUGUAAAUGUAAAUAUGUUAUGUAGAUAUGUUGUAAUUUUCUUCUUUUCUUAUUUCUUUGCUGAGAAAUGAAAUCGUUUGUGUAUAUAAAUUUCUGCCGCUGAAAAUAAACAAAAAAAUAUUAAAAUGCCUAGUGUAAA